GCCGUCCAGCCCGACGGGUGAGCGGGAGCCGGGUGAGCGGGAGCCAGGUGAGCGGGAGCUAGGGUCUCCAGCCCUCCUUCCUGUGAUAUGGCCCUGACUGUGGAUGUGGCGGGGCCUGGGCCCUGGGGCUUCCGGAUCACUGGGGGCAGGGAUUUCCACACGCCCAUCAUGGUGACCAAGGUAACUGAGAGGGGCAAGGCUGAGGCUGCUGACCUCCGGCCCGGUGACAUUAUCCUGGCCAUCAACGGGGAGAGUGCUGAGGGUAUGCUUCAUGCGGAGGCGCAAAGCAAGAUCCGCCAGAGCCCCUCACCCCUGCGGCUGCGGCUAGACCGGUCUCGGGCCGCUUCCCCUGGGCAGACCAAUGGGGAAGGCUCUGUGGAAGUGCUGGCGACUCGCUUCCAGGGCUCCAUGAGGACGCACACGGACAGCCAGUCCUCCCUGCGGUCUUCCUGCUCCAGCCCCGUGUCCUCCAGCCCCCAGCCAGGCAGCCCCUUCUCUACCCUGCCCCUCAGCCGCCCGCACGCCCUCCCUGGAGAGGUUGUGGUCAGCCGCAGUUUCCAGAGCCUGGCACACUCCCCGGGACCCACCACUGCUGACCGCUUCUCCUACGGGGGCCGCCCCGGAAACCGCCAGGCCAGCCUCACCCUCGCUGGCGACUCAGCUGUGCUGGUGCUGCCGCCUUCCCCCGGUCCCCAUUCCUCCAGCCCCAGGCUCAGUGUGGACUCAGAAGGGGGAAGCCGCCUUCUGGAAGAGGACUCAGAAGUCUACAAGAUGCUGCAGGAGAAUCGUGAGGCGCGGCUCGCCCCCCGACAGUCCAGCUCCUUUCGGCUCUUGCAGGAAGCCCUGGAGGCUGAGGAGAGAGGGGGCACACCUGCCUUCCUGCCCAGUCAGCUGAGCCCCCAGUCCUCCCUGCCCACCUCCAGGGCGCUGGCCACCCCACCCAAGCUCCACACGUGCGAGAAGUGCAGCACCAGCAUCGUGAACCACGCUGUCCGCAUCCAGGAGGGGCGCUACCGCCACCCCAGCUGUUAUACCUGCGCAGACUGCGGGCUGAACCUGAAGAUGCGCGGGCACUUCUGGGUGGGGGACGAGCUGUACUGUGAGAAGCACGCCCGCCAGCGCUACUCCUCACCCCCCACCCUCAGCUCCUAGGCCUGAGCACCUGGCUGUGCUCUCAGGCCGCCCUCAACUUUGUGGGCACCUCUGUGCCAGGGCCAUGCCAACAGCAAGUUGGCCUGGAAGGGCGGUUGGUGGGUGGUGGGCGGGCCCCUUCCUCCAUGCUAGGCGCGGCUAGGUCCUGGGGCCUAUCCUGGGCUGUGCAUGAGGACAGCCUCGCUGUCCCAGGCCUGUGCUAGAAACUCUCACUUCCCCCUGCAGGACAGGCUGUGCACCAACGGCUAAGGUGGGCACUGCACUGGAUAUCCUUGUGCAACAGGGGUUAAGCAGGUUGGGACACAGAGAGAAGUAUGUAGAAAGAGAUGGGUGGUCAGAGGCAAAAGGUAUUCGCUCUGUAAAGUUUUCAACAUAUGAACUCUAUAAAUAUAUAUACAUGGACAAAACAAAGUAGAUCUCCCCUCUCCUUCCCUGCCCCAG